GAGUCUUCCCACUGCCGCUACAGGUCCAAUCCUGAGUCUGGGUGUUAAGUUGAGAAACUUGGGCUGUCUGUCUGAGGGCUGUGGCACCAGUAAGCAGAGCGGCAGCCGCAGCAGCAGCAGCGGCAGCAGUGGCAGCCGCAGCAGCAGCCGCAGCAGGAAGCCAGCAGCCUUGACGCUCGGCUCCGCCGGCCGCUGAGUUUGGCGCCUCCAAGAAGCUCAGUCCCGAGAAGGCUCAGCGAGGAGUCAGAGUGUCCCUUGGGGACCGUCUGGGCGCAGCUCCCUCCCGAGCCGGCCCUGAGCGAGCUACGAUGGCCCUGUCCUCACCUGUAGGGCUGGAUUGCUGCACCUGCUGCCUGGACCUGGCCAACCGCAGCGGGCAGGAGGCCGGCGGCAGCGGCGAUGGCAGCGACGGCGGCGGCACCGGCGGGGGCACCGGCGCCUUGGCCAGCCCCAGCGUGAGCAACUUUCGGCAGCUGCGAGAACAGCUGGUGUUCGCGAACCUGAACGCAGACAAGCUGAACAAAAUCAUGCGGCAGGACUCCCUGGAGCCAGUGGUCCGCGACCCCUGCUACCUGCUCAACGAGGGCAUCUGCAACAGCAACAUUGACCAGACUAUGCUGUCCAUCCUUCUCUUCUUCCACAGUGCCUCCGGAGCUACAGUUGUGGCCAUCGACAACAAGAUCGAGCAAGCUAUGGAUCUAGUGAAAAAUCACCUGAUGUAUGCAGUUAGAGAGGAGGUGGAAAUCCUGAAAGAACAGAUCAAGGAGUUGGUGGAGAAAAACUCCCAGCUGGAGCGUGAGAACAGCCUUCUCAAAACCCUCGCCAGCCCUGAACAACUGGAGAAAUUCGAGUCUCAGCUGAGCCCUGAUGAGCAGACCACCCCUGUUGCCACCAAUUCACCUGAGCAGGAUGCAGGCUCUGCCGUGUAAGUGGCUCUGUCCUGGGGGUGGGCAGAGCCACGGAACUUUUUUCUACCUAGCUCCUUAAGAAUAUGAUUUUUUUUUCAUCCCCAAGUAUCAUCUCACAUAGAGAAUUGCCCAGCUUGCAUCAGCUGGUGCUGAGAUGUUCUAAGGGCAGACCUUCAUGGGCCCGCCCUAAGUGUUUGACCUCUGAAGAAAGAGCUCUUUUUGGAAGCUGAGUUACACGAGGAGAUGAUACCCCAGCUCACACCCACUGGCCCCAGGACAACCAAGGCAUGCACCUUGGCCAUUCCUGAAAACAGAACAGGGCUGUAUGCGUUGUUGUCCUUGUGGUUUUGUUGUUGUUUUUUUUUUUUUUAACACAACCUGUUUUUAAAUGGAAACCAGCAACAGUUAAGACAGGGUCAGGCUUCAGCUGAAUGGCCCCAGCGGUUUUCUUAGUGAGUUCUGCUUUUUUCUCUGUGGUACCUCUGUGGCAGCAGACGGGGCCCACUUUUUGACGCCCAUUCUAAUAUCUUCAAGAGUGGGUCUUUACUUGUUGAAAUGUAGACUGAAAUUUCAAUAAACUUUUCUAAAUAGAAAA